GAGAUCCAGAUUGAGUUGGAGCCUGUUUGAGCGACGCACAGAGAGAAACGUCGACGCACGGCUCUCCAGGACUCCACACUCUUCCCUCUCCAGUCUGAUCCACUUUGAGCUCCAGAUGCUUCCUCUCUCCAGGAGUUAACAGCUCAACUGUCCCGAUCCUUACACUCCUUCCUCCCUCAGACUCUUCCUCUGCCCCCGGAUCGAGAGAACAGGUGGAGAUGAUGGUGGCGAGCGGACCGGCUCUGCGCUCCAGGACGCGGACUGUGUCUCCGCUGCUGUGGGCGCUGUUAGCGACCUGCUGCGGCUUCAUGUCGGCGCAGGAGCUGCCUGUCCACGGGCUGAACGGAUACAGCCUCCACCCUCCUUACUUCAACCUGGCAGAGGGGACCAAGAUCACAGCCACGGCCACCUGCGGGGAGGACGACAGCGGCAGGAGCCAGCAGGACCUGUACUGCAAGCUGGUCGGAGGCCCGGUGUCCGGAGACCCGAGCCAGACCAUCCAGGGUCAGUACUGUGACACCUGCAGACAAGGCGAAAGCGACCGAGCUCACCCCAUCACCAACGCCAUCGACGGGACGGAGAGAUGGUGGCAGAGCCCGCCUCUCUCCCGCAGCACCGAGUACAACGAGGUGAACGUGACGCUGGACCUCGGACAGCUCUUCCACGUGGCCUACGUCUUGAUCAAGUUUGCAAACUCUCCUCGUCCUGAUCUUUGGGUUCUGGAGAGAUCCACCGACUUCGGGCAGACUUACCAGCCGUGGCAGUUCUUCGCCUCCUCUAAGAGAGACUGCAUCGAGCGUUUUGGACAGCAGACCAUCGAGAGGAUCACCAACGACGAUGACGUCAUCUGCACCACCGAGUACUCACGGAUCGUCCCUCUGGAGAACGGAGAGAUCGUGGUGUCCUUGGUGAACGGUCGUCCCGGAGCGUUGAACUUCUCCUACUCACCGGUCCUCAGAGAUUUCACCAAGGCCACAAAUAUCAAGCUCCGCUUCCUGAGAACCAACACGCUGCUGGGACACCUGAUGGGCAAGGCGCUGCGUGACCCCACGGUUACCCGCAGGUAUUACUACAGUAUCAAAGACAUCAGUAUCGGAGGACGCUGUGUGUGCAACGGACACGCUGAGGCCUGCAACGCCGAGGACCCCAACGACCCCUACAAACCUCGUAAGGAUCAUUACAUCCCCGAUCUCCACGGUCUGAAGUUUGAGAUCGAGGAGGGAACCACUCUGGACGGUCGGCCGGUUCGAUUCGGCUACAGUCCGCUGGAGUUCCCAGGAUUCAGCUGGAGGGGUUACGCUCAGAUGUCUCCCAUCCAGUCCAAAGUGUUGGUGUCGGUGUCGGUGAGCUCUCCAGACCUCUUCCACGUGGUGCUGCGAUACGCCAACUGGGGGGGUUCGGAUGUUCUGGGCCGGGUGUCGGUGAUAGAGGACGGCUGGAACUACUACUGUGGUAACUGCUCAGAGCAGUCCAAGCAGAUCGUCUUCUCUCCCAGCGUGGAGCCCACUUUCGUCAACGUCCCCCAGAACAACUUCGUGGAGCCGUUUGUCCUGAACCCGGGAACCUGGACCGUGGUCAUAGAGGCCGAGGGAAUCCUGCUGGAUUACCUGGUUCUGCUGCCCAGUGCGUACUACGAAGCUCCCAUCCUGCAGAUCAGAGUGACUGAACCCUGCAGCUACAGCUCCGUGGACGAUCCCAACCAGAACUGUCUGCUGUACAGGUAUCUCUCUUUGGACUCCUUCCCCUCCAUCUCUGGAAACGACGCCACCUGUGUCCACGACAACCACCUCCCUCGCCCCUGCCCGUCUGAGAAGGUCACCCCGCGCCACCCCGAAAUGGCCGUCUGUAGCGGGCACGAUAUCAGCAUCGAGCUUCGAGGUCGCCUCUCGUCUCCGGGUGAAUACGUCCUGGUCGUGGAGUAUUCCAGCGAGGAGGAAAUACCACAAACUCUGACUGUGGCUGUGAACACGCCGGGAUCCAGAGCGCACCAGCACAGCAUCACCCUGCUGCACUGCAAAUACAGCUUCCUGUGCCGAGUCGUAGCCAUCGACGAUCAGAACAGAGUGGCCGUCCUCUCGCUCCCCGCUGACCCAGAGAUCCAGCUCAUCUCCGACCGCGCCAGCUUCUUCCUGCACAAAGUGUACCUGGUGCCCAAAGACCAGUUCAGCAUGGAGUAUGUUGAACCCAAAGUCCACUGCAUCAGCACUCACGGACAGUUUGCACCUGACAGUUCCUCCUGCGUCCCCUCACGCUUCCAGACCCCGUCAGACUCUCUGGUCCUGAAGGAGGGUCAGGGCUCCUCCAUGCAGGAGCCCAUCCUGGCCUCCCCUGCAGCCGCUCCUCCUCUGCCGCUCUAUCAGAGCGACGAGGCGCCCUGGUCAGGAGGAGAUAGACCGCCACACGGAGCGGAUAACGGCGACCACGUCAGGCUGGACUCAGUUCAGAAUGCAGCGGUGUACUCCACUCGUGUCCACGCUCUCGGGCGUUACGUCUUCAUCCUCCACUACCACCAGCCUCACCACCCCACCUAUCCCGUGCAGGUCUACAUCAACGGGGGACGAAUCUGGCAAGGCAACGCCAACGCCUCCUUCUGUCCUCACGCGUACGGCUGUCGUAACGUCCUGAUCUCUGAGAACCAGAUCAUCCUGGACGUGACGGACCACGAGGUCUUCCUCACCGUGCAGAUUCCUGCUGGGAGGACGCUGUGGCUGGAUUACGUGCUGGUCGUUCCCGAGGCGAGCUACAGCUCCAGCUACCUGAACGAGGAACCUCUGGAUAAAUCUUACGACUUCAUCAGCAACUGCGGCCAAAACAGCUUCUUCAUCAAUCCAUCCACCGCCUCUCCGUUCUGCCUCGGCUCGGCCGUUUCUCUGUCGGCGUACUUCAACAACGGGGCGAUGCCGUGCGCCUGCCAUGAGGUCGGAGCUGAGAGCGACACAUGCGAGCCUUUCGGCGGUCAGUGCCACUGCAGGCCCAACGUGAUCGGACGAGACUGCUCCAUGUGUGCAACGGGAUACUGGGGAUUCCCCAACUGCAGACCCUGUAACUGCGGUACGAGGUUAUGUGAACCCGUCACCGGUUACUGUAUCUGCCCUCCGAGGACCGUCCGUCCAGAGUGCACGGAGUGUGAGCCGCAGACGUUUGGCUGCCACCCGGUGGUGGGCUGUGAGGUCUGCAACUGCUCCCGACCUGGCGUCGUCACCCCAGAUACAAGCUGCGAUACGGAAAGCGGACAGUGCAGAUGUAAGAACAACGUGGUCGGCCGUCAGUGUGACCGCUGCGCUCCCGGGUUUUACGGUUACCCCAACUGCCGGCUGUGUGACUGCAACGAGGCGGGAACAGAGGAGGAAGUGUGUGACUCCUUCACGGGACAGUGUCUCUGCAAGGAGAACGUUCAGGGUUCUCGCUGCGACCAGUGCAGAGUCGGUACGUUCCACUUGGACCCGACUAACCCAAAAGGAUGCACCAGCUGCUUCUGCUUCGGAGCCACAGACCGCUGCCGCAGCUCUGAAAAGAGACGCACUGAGAUCAUGAACAUGGAGGGCUGGGUUCUCCUCGGAGCAGACAAACAGGAAGUCCCCGUCGUUGUGUAUCCUGGUCAGGACCUCGUUGAAGCCGACCUCAGCGAUGUGCCGGACGUCUACCAGGACCUGCACUGGCACGCUCCGAAGACUUACCUGGGAGACAAGGUCUCAUCCUAUGGGGGUUACCUGAGGUAUCGUCUCCACACCCAGACCAUGAGAGGAGACGUGCUGUCUCUGCCAGCAGAAGCCUCCAGGCCUGAUAUCAUUCUCAAGGGUAACCAGAUGACCCUGGUGUUCAUGGAGAGAGAGUACUCCUCACCUGAGGAGCCUCACCUGGGGAUAGUUCACAUGGUUGAGGGAAGUUUCCGUCACGCUCAGACCGGUAACUCUGUGUCCCGUGAGGAGCUAAUGAUGGUUCUGGUGGGUCUGGAGUCCCUGCAAAUCCGGGCCCUUCACUCCCAGUCCGCUCACUCUGUGUCGGUCCGGGGCGCUGUGCUGGAGGGGGCCGAGAACCUGCCCUCUGGACGCCACGCCAACAACGUGGAGAUCUGCAUGUGUCCCGCUAACUACCUGGGCGACUCGUGUCAGGAAUGUGCUCCGGGUUACUACAGAGACACUAUCGGCCUGUUCCUGGGUAAAUGUGUCCCCUGUAACUGUCACGGACACUCAGACCGCUGCCUGGACGGAUCAGGAAUCUGUCUGGACUGCCAACACAACACAGCAGGGGAUCACUGUGAGAAGUGUCAGGGAGGAUUCCUCGGGAACAACACGCUGGACGGGCAGGCGGUGUCCUGCUCCAGUUGUCCCUGUCCUCUGAGGACUCCAUCCAACAAUUUUGCAGAGGGUUGUGUGCAGAAAACAGACCGGAUGCAGUGUCUGUGUAUGCCCGGUUACGCUGGACCACACUGUGAAAGGUGUGCCCCCGGAUACUACGGCAACCCCAUGGUCCUGGGCAGCAGGUGCCAGCUGUGUCACUGUCACGGUAACACCGACCCCAACAUGCUGUUCACCGACUGUCACCCGCUGACCGGAGAGUGCCUGAGCUGCAUGCACGACACGACCGGGCCUCACUGUGAUAUCUGCGCUGCUGGUUACUACGGCGACGCCAUCAACGCCAAGAACUGCACCAAAUGCAGCUGUUCUCCAUGUGGCUCUGAGUCAUGUGACCCUCACACCGGACAGUGUCUCUGCAAACCAGGAGUCACAGGACCGCUGUGUGACCGCUGUGUGGACGGCUCGUUCGGCUUUGACUCGUGCUCCGGCUGUCGUGAGUGCGACUGUGAGGCCUCGGCGGCUCUCGUGCAGCCGUGUGACCCUCAGAGCGGUCAGUGCGCCUGUCAGCCUGGAGUCAACGGGCCGAGCUGCAGACAGUGCGCUCCUGGACACUGGAACUACGGACCCGACGGGUGCAGGAAGUGCGACUGCAGAGGUCACUGUGACCCCCGCUCAGGAGAGUGUCACUGUCCUGACGGCAUGACGGGGAAACAGUGCGACAGCUGCUCCCAGAAACACAGCGUACCUGUAGAGGAGCACCACGGCAUGCACUGUGAACCCUGUGACAGCUGCGUCAUCGUCCUGCUGGAGGAUCUGGACAAGAUGGAGGAGAACUUCCGCUCCGUCGCCGGUCAGCUGAGCAAUCUGAACGCCAGCUCCAUGGCCUGGGCUCAGCUGAGCAACGUCAACAAGUCUAUGGAGGACAUCUCUCGAGCGAUGCAGAACUACAACAGCACUCUGGAUGACAGCCGGAGUCGGGCCGACAUGCUGGAGGCUGAAAUCGCGAAUAACAACGAUGACAUCAACGAACUGCAGGACAAGGUUGCUGUGAUGACCGACAGAGUUAGUGACAUACGGGAGAGUACCUCAAACACACACCAGAGGGCAGAAGACCUGCUGUCCUUCAUCAACAACAUGACCAUGGAUAUAAACGACAUCUUAAUGAUGGCGAACCGCUCCUCCUCGAACAACACGGAGGCAGAUCUGGAGGACGAGGAGAGGGAGAGGAAGAUGAGGGAAGUGGAGGCCAUGCUGAGAGAGAUGAGGUACAGGAGCUGCGUGGGACAGAAGAAGGUGGCGGAGAAAGAGAGGACGGAGGCCGGGAAGUUGUUGGAUCGGGUUAACAAGGAGCUCGCUAAUCGUCAGGGAGACAACGUGGAUUUGGCCAAAACCAUCAGAGACCGCCUCGCUCGCUUCAACUCUGAGAUGAUGGACCUGCGAGACGCCCUGAACGAAGCCGUGAACAACACCGCCAGAGCCGCCGAGAUCAACAACGCCAACGAGAAGACGCUGGAGGACAACACGAAGAGACUGGAGGACCUGAUGUCCAAGCAGAAGGAGGUGUACGACCAGCUGAACAUGGCGGAGGACGAUGUCGCUCAGGUCAACGACAUGCUGUCCACGCUGCACGACUCCAAAGAGGAGUCCGAGCGGCUGGCGGCUCAGCUGGACGGUGCUAGGGUCCCGCUUGCAAAGAAAGUGCAGGACUUCGCCUGGACCGACUCUAAACUUCCGCUGGUGGAGAGAGCAGAGAAACACGCAGAGAUGCUCAACACCUUAGCCAUGAACCUGUCCAGUUUGAUUGAAGAAACCAAGAAGGAAGGAUUUGUGGAUGUGACACAAGCUUACAACAAGAUCAUCAACAGCAUCAAGGAGGCAGAGGAGGCCGCCAACAUAGCCGCCAAGGCUGCAAACGAAACUAUGGAGAAUAUCAAGGACCGGGAUCUCGGUCAGGUCGCCGACUCUCUGAAGAACCACAGCGUGGAGCUGAAGGAGGAAGUGGAGAAGCUGAGCGAUGAGCUCAACAACGAUCUGAAGCCGCAGCUUGAGGAUGCUCAGAGGCGACUGGACGAGGCUAAAACCAAACAGGCUGACGUGAUGAAGGACCUGGAGAUGGUUCAGAACAACCUCAACUUCACUUCAAAUGUGAGUCAGGUGAUCGCGGACGCAAAGCAAGCUGCGGAUGAUGCAAACACCACGGCGACGCAAGUCAACGAUGCCCUGCGUCCAAUCAAAGAGCAGCUUGACAAAUGGCAGCAGACCUACGGAGACGCCAACACCACCAACGAUGACAUCAACAACGCCCUGAUGGAGGCCAACAAGACCGUGCAAGCUCUUGGUGAUACUAUCCCCAUGCUCAUGAAGAAGCUGGACAAACUGCAGAACCACUCGGCUCAGAUGCCGAACAUCUCAGAGAACAUCAACCGCAUCAGACAGCUCAUACAGCAGGCGCGCAACGCUGCCAGCAAGGUGGGCGUGCCGCUGAAGUUUAACGGGAAGUCGGGCGUUCAGGUCCGUACUCCUCGUAACCUGGCCGACCUCGCCUCCUACACCUCCCUGAAGCUCUACAUCACGCUGCCUGAGGCUACACGAGGCAGACGGCAGGACGCCAGCACCCAGCAGUUUGUCUUCUACCUCGGGAACAAGGAUUCCAGUAAAGAGUUCCUGGGCCUGGCUUUGGUUGGGAAGAGGCUCCGCUGGUUCUUCAACGUCGGAGGAGGAACCGCUGAGGUGACGAUGAACGAAGACGUCAAGUCGAACGGAAACUUCAACAGCAUCGUGCUGGAAAGGAUCCUCCAGUUCGGUCAGAUGUCCAUGUCUUCAGAGGCCUCUGAGGGGGAUCAGAGAGUCACUAAAGCGUAUGUGGAGGCCAGCGGAGAUCAGGGCCUGCUCAACCUUUUGACCGACGACACCGUCUUCUACGUGGGAGGAUACCCGAGUUCUUUCAAACCACCUACCCCGCUCGCUCUGCCGAACUUUAAGGGCUGCAUCGAGCUCGAUACACUGAACGAGGAAGUGCUCAGUCUGUAUAACUUUGAACACACGUUCCAGCUCAACACCACGGAGGAGAAACCCUGUGGCAGGUCCAAGCCGACGCUGACUCAGGCCUGGGUGGAUGACGCAGCAUACUUUGAUGGUACCGGCUUCGCUGAGAUCAAGUUUACAGACGAAUCGACCCGUAUGCAGCGCUUCGAACAGGAAGUGAAACUACUCUCACACAAUGGAAUCCUGCUGCUGCUGCAGAAUGGGGAUCAGUUCCUGUGUCUGGCUGUGCUUCAGGGCAGACUCAAGGUGUUCUAUGAUUUCACUGGGAAGCUGAUGGAGCUCGAGCCCAAAGAGCCUUCAUCUGACAUCCUGAGGAUCAGCGACGCCGACCCUAAAGCUCUGGAGAUCAUCAUCCUGCGGUCAAGCCAGAAGCGUAUUGUGGUGAGAAACAACCGCAUCAGCCUGUACACCCACCAGUUCACAGAGGAGAUCCCCCCGUUCAGUGGAAUGUACUUCCUGGGAGGAGUCCCGGAGGACAAGAUGCCAGAGAAGUUGAAGUCUAUGUUCUCUAAGCAGGCCUCUUUGAAGGGUUGUUUCAGAAACGUGAAGGCCCAAAACUCUCACAUCGACCUGAAGAGGAUGGCGAGCUCUGGAGUCAGUUUCGGCUGUGACAGCGACCUCCUGGUGGCUCGUGAGGGUCAUUUCUCGGGUCAGAGCUACCUGGACUUUGCUCUGACAAACAUCCCCAGCCUCAGGGACAACUUCUACGCCAGCUUCAGCUUCAGGACGGAGCAGAAGGAGGGACUCAUGUUCUACCAUCAGGACCAGGAUGGAGCGUGUCGGGUGUUUUUGAACGAAGGCUACGUCGUCGUGAGAGCGGGCAACAGUGAGAUCAAGACGCAGAAGACGUACAACGACGACAACAGCCACUACGUCUCAAUCUACAACAACAACAACGGGAUGCGUCUGUACGUGGACGACGUGCUGGAGAAGGGGAAGGAGGGAAUCCGGAUAGACAGCCGUGGUCGAGGUGGGACGACGUCAAUGGUUGGAACCUUCCUUGGAGGAAUGCCCAACCACGGGCUCACAAAUCUCACCGGAUGCAUCAGCAACGUUUUCAUCAAGCGGGAAACGAGUCCUCAGAUGGUUUUGAACCUCAUGAAGGCGAAGGAAAACGUCAACGUUCCCAUGGACUGUCCUGCUGCCAAAACACCCCAGCAGAUUGUCUCUGCUCAGCCCAAACACAGCAACAAACCCAAGGGAAAGCACAAGAAGCCGUCGGGGUCUCGCAGCCGGAACACCAGGGACUCCUGUCAGGGGGGGCCGUCGGAUCAGGAGGCCGGAGCGACGCACUUCAGCGGCUCCACGCACAGCUACCAGAGAUACGACUCUCUGCCCGGCUCUCUGAGCUCUCUACCUCACAUCUCCAUGUCUCUGAGGAUCAACUCCUCUGACGGUUUGGUGCUCCACGCAGCCAGCGAGCAGCGCGGCGGAGCUCUGAUGUCGCUCAGCGUGUCAGAGGGUCACCUGCUGCUGCUGCUGGACGGAGGGAAGAGGAAGGUCAGCCUGCGCAGCCGCAAGAAGUACAACGACGACCAGUGGCACACGGUGUUCAUAAAGCGUGAAGGAGAGAAGAUCAGCCUGAUUGUGGACGGUAUCAGCGCUCAAUCUAAGAGGAUCCCCGGAGGAGAGAAGACCCGUCUCACCGGGCCUCUCUAUAUUGGAGGAGUGCCUCCAUCACUGACGGCUCCAGGCUCCGGUGGUUUCGUCGGUUGUGUCAAAGACCUGACCCUGAACCAAGCCCCUGCAGGAAACCCUGUUCACAGCCAGGGGACGGUUCCCUGCUUCCAGAACCCUCUGCAGCCCGGAGCGUACUUCUCCGGCCAAGGAGGUCACCUCACUAUAGAUGAGUCUUUGGUUCUGGGUCGGGAUCUGGAAAUCCAGCUGGAGGUUCGGCCCGUGUCGGACUCUGGGCUGCUGUUGCAUGCUGGGAUAUCACCUGAGCAACACCUGAGUGUGGUUCUCAAUCAGGGAGAGGUGACUGUUUCAGUAAAUACCGGUAAAGGGGAUUUCUCUACCUCGUUCACUCCUCAAGAACCUCUUUGUAACGGACACUGGCACACCAUCACAGUUGUGAAGAAGAAUAACGUCCUGCAGCUGCACGUCGACGCAGCGAGCGAGCACAGCGUCGGGCCCAAACAGAGCCGCUCCUCGGGGGCCAAGGAGACCGUUUACCUCGGAGGAGUGCCAGAUGGCGUCUCAGUACCUGGUCUACCUGCCGCCCUCCCCGCCUUCCACGGCUGCAUCCGCACAGCGAGCAUCAACCACAGACCUGCCAUGUUGUCCAAACCGCUGUCUGUGCACGGAGCCGUGGGAACGCAGGGCUGCCCCCACAUUGACUGCACACAGAGAUGCACUGAAACAACAGAGAAUCAUACAGGGGGGUAUUAGAGUGUAGUAUAUUGUAAAUAAAGCCAACACAUCUGGAUCCUUUCCAUGCUUUUGUUUAAGAUAUAAAAAUCAUCCUUUCCUCCAGAGAUGAUCUGAAAUGAUGUAUUGAUCUGAUGAUGGUGCAUCUCUAGCAGAGAAUACUGAGAUUACCUACUGAGUCGGUACACUGUGAACACUGUGAGCUAAACGUCCUCAGGCAGCACAGAUGGGAAAUGUUUCCUGUAACGAGGACGAGGGCCGGACUUCUGGGAGUUAUCAGAGUUAAUUCAGUCUCAGACGCACAGAGAAAGCAUUAACAUUAUUCAACGUCCAACAGUGUCCUUGUUUUAAUCUGGUGUUGAAGUUUCCUGGUUAUAUGUUGUGCAGGUAAACAUAAUAAAACCUUUAACCUCUAAAUUAUAUCAGGAACAGAAAGAACCAGAUCAGGAAUCCACCUUUUAGCUUUCAAGGAUCAGAUGAUCUGUCUUGGUUUUGUCCAGGUUCUUC